GAUACCUUAAUUUUUAGGUUAUAUCAUUAUUAUUGAUCUUAUAUUCAAUAUUAAACAUUGAAUAAACAUGAUUCUACGUUUAAAAUGUUCAUCAAAAUUUUAUAAUCCCAGAAGAUUAUUGAACCAUAAGGCCUCUUCAAAUGAAAGUUCUAUAAAUUACUGUGCGACGAUUGUAAGACAGUAUGACUAUGAGAAUUAUUUGGCUACUCUCCUGUUGAGUAAGACCCUGAGAUCUCCCGCACUAGUUGUAAGAGCCUUUAAUGCUGAAAUAGCGAGGGUUCAGGACCAAACUACGGAUCCAAACACUGCAGCAUUGAGGUUGCAGUUCUGGCAAGAUGCUGUUGGUGUUAUAUUUAAUCAAAACUCUGCAAAUAUACCAGCCAAUCCUGUAACUCAAGAAUUAAAUAAGGUAUGUGCAACUUAUAAGCUACCAAGACGCUACAUUGAAAGGCUUGUAUCAUCACGGGCUGGACUACUAAAGGCAAAAUAUUUUAAGUCACUGGAAGAUGUAGAGACAUACGCAGAAAAUACAGUUUCUACUAUUUAUUACCUUCUGCUUUGUAUAGCUGGCGUCACAAAUGUGCAUGCUGAUCAUGCUGCAUCACAUUUGGGUAAGGCUCAAGGAAUAGUCAAUAUAUUGAGAUCUGUUCAUGUAUCAAAUUAUCACAAAACAGUAUGUUUACCAAUGGAGCUGUUGAUGAAGUAUAAAAUUAGUCAACAGGCAGUUCUGAGGGGUUCUGAUGAUGAGAAUAUGAGGAACGUUAUAUUUGAAAUAGCUAGCAGAGCUAACAGUCAUUUGGAAAAGGCAAGAAAAAUUGAAGUACCAACGAUAUGUAAUCAGUUAUUUCUACCAGCGAUUGCUGUAGAUAAAUAUUUAAAUAAAUUGCAAAAGAAGAACUUCAAUGUUUUUGAUAAGUCAUUACAACUAGGCAGCCCUAUGUUACCUUUAAGUUUAUAUUACAGAAGGUUGUUAAAUAAAUAUUAAUUUAUAUGAAAUGUUCAUUAAGUUAAUUUAUUGAUAGCUCAAUUCAAUUAAACCGAAAUAGUUGA